UCUCUCUCUCUCUCUCUCUCUCUCUCUCUCUCCUUCACUUGGGCACCGGCUGCACAGUUAAGUACUCAUAACCCUUGAGGCUUUUCCCCUAACUUUCAGCUGAAUUUGUGUUGUAAGUGUGAGUAUGCACUAAUGGCUGUGUGAAGCUUUUUUUUUUUCCUUUUUAAAACAGCCUCAGGCACUGGUAUUUUAUUUGCCUGGACUCGCACGUGUGGCUGUAUGUCGCUGUAUUUGCUGUAUAAAAUGUUUCCCCUUCAGAACUGACGACUCUGGCCAGUGCUUUAUGCUGCUGUGGAGUUUGCACUUCAGAAACACUUCCCUCUCAGGGGCUGGAUCGGAUCUGGCUUUAGUCAGAAAUGAAUUUCGAGCAGGUCUUGGCGGAGAUCGACGGGUUUGGGAGAUAUCAGAAGAUCCUGUACGCGUUGAUCUGUCUUCCACAAAUCUUCCUCGCCUUUCACAUGAUGGCAAGCAUCUUCACAGGCUACACUCCAGCACAUCAGUGUCGGAGCUCUGCUGCUGAACACUGGCACUUGAACCUGUCAGUAAACUCCAGCGGCUCGUGCAGCAUCUCACCAUCACCCGCACAGAACCGCACCGACGAUGCGUGUCCACACGGCUGGCUGUACAGCCGAGAAUUAAUCCACAGCAGCACUGUCACUGAGUGGGAUCUUGUCUGUGACAGGGCGACACUAAACAGUCUUGGUUCUUCCCUGUAUAUGCUGGGAUUGCUUGUGGGAGCUAUUGUGUUUGGAUCUAUGGCUGACAGGUUGGGAAGGAGGUUUGCCAUGCUCUUCUCUCUUGCCCUACAGACAGUGUUUGGGGUGGCUGCUGCCUUUGCUCCGAACUACCUGGUGUAUGUGACUCUUCGCUUCAUCAUAGGAACCUCCAUCUCAGGCAUCAUCAUCAAUGCUUUUGUGUUGGGAACCGAAUGGACGUCUACAAAGAGACGCAUGCUGGCUGGAAUCUUAACAGAUUAUUUCUUUGGGCUUGGAUAUAUGCUGCUGGCUGGUGUGGCUUAUUUUAUCCGAAGCUGGAGGAAUCUGCAGCUCGCCAUCUCAGCACCAGGUUUCCUCUUUAUUUUCUACAUCUGGGUUCUUCCUAAUUCUGCUCGUUGGCUGUUGGUAAAUAACAGAAAAGAGGAAGCUCUAGUCCUUCUCUGCAAAGCAGCUACAAUGAAUGGUCGUCCCUUGCCUACUACAGUGCAGUUAGACAAGUGUGAGGGGAUUCAGGGGAAGAAUCAGCACUCUGCUGCAGAUCUAGUACGUACUCCCCAGAUGAGGAAACGAUCUUUCAUCCUGUUCUACAUCUGGUUUGUUACCGUAUUAGUGUAUUAUGGUCUGUCUCUGGGUGUAUCAGACCUGGGCACAGACCUUUACCUCACUCAGUUUCUGUUUGGAUUGGUGGAGAUCCCCGCGAGGUCAGUGGUUUUGCUCUUCCUCCCCUACAGCCGUCGGCUCUCACAGAGCGCGUUCCUUGCCAUGGGGGGUGCCGCCUGCCUCCUCAUGCUCAUUGUACCAGAAGAUAGUCCUAAUGUGCGGGCUGCCGUGGCUAUGACUGGAAAAUUUGGGAUCACAGCCUCUUUUGCUGUCAUCUAUAUUUAUACAGCUGAGCUCUUCCCAACUGUGCUUAGACAGACAGGAAUUGGUGUGUCCUGCAUGUUGGCACGAAUUGGUGGAGUUUUAGCGCCAAUGAUAAACCUGCUUGGAGAGAGUAACUCGGCGGUGUCCACUGUAAUAUUUGGCUUCGCCCCACUGCUGGGUGCAGCUCUUGCAUUGGGCCUGCCAGAGACAGCCAAUAAACCACUACCUGAUACCAUUCAAGACAUCCAAGAUGCUGAGAGGUUUACUCCAGAGAAUAAUGACAGAAAUUUCCCUGUAGACACUGUCCAGUCUCCAAACACCACAGAGGCACAGGAACUACAGUGCCUCACAAACAAGUCUCCAUAGACUUACAUGUACCUGCUUGCACAAACACAAACACACCUAAACACAAACACUUCAUUUCUUUCUAACUUUUGGGUUACAGAUCAGAAAAUGCAACUAUUUCAUGUUUUGCAUGUAUAACACUGUGACAAAUAUUUUUACAUUUUAAAUAUUUUUAAUAGUUUCAUCCUUGGUCAAGGUCUUUUUGGGACAUAUUUUUUUAUAGCUUCAUGCUGAGAAAGCAGCUGUGUCAUCAGAGGCUUUAACUCAAGUGUCACAAUGGAUCAGUGAACAGCAGUUCCCUGUAGAAACCACACUGUUUUAUCUGAUGUCUAUGCAAGAAGAACACACAGUGCCUUUCACUUUUAUACUUGUGUGAAAGUAUAUUAUGCUAAUAUACUUUUUAUAUUUUUCCAUAUACGACAAUCAGAAAACAUAUUCAAACAUAUUCUACGUUGCUCUUGUAUUGUUUGUGAAAAGCUUGUUUUUAUAUUGUUCAUCCUAUAUUGUAACAUACAGAUGGAUGAGAAAUUAAAGGAAAAAACAGUGGCUUUGUUAUGCUUUGAGGGCAUUAAACCUGUAAACUUAGAGCGAGGAAUCACUG